AUGUACAGAACCAAUCACCCAAGGUGGAAGCUCACUCACAUUCUCUGUAUCCUUGGCCACCUCGGACUGAUAAUAGCCGGCGUCGUGGCCUUCAUCCACAACUUGGAGAGCGAGGCCGACAACUUUGACUCCGUAUCACAGCAACCAACGUCAAUAGUCAUGAACAUGUCGGAUGACCAGACGGUCAUUAAUGCUGAUACUAAGUCAUGCACCAUUGUACUGGUACAGGGCUUGGGCAGUGGUGUUGAUGGAAAGAGUGGAAGCGGGCAUAGCAAUUUUGGGAUUAUUGUCAAUGAGCUGUUGCCGGUCGCUUCGGUCAUUGUGGGAACAAUAGGUCUACUUCUCAACAUUGGAAUUUUUGCCGCUCUGCUCGCCGUCGAGAGCACCUCUGCCAAGGUCAAUCUCACAGAAGGCGAGCAGCACUGGCGUAAGAAGAUCGUAACAGUCUCCUGUUGCGUGUUUAAUUUGCUUCUUGCUGGUGCAGGGAUAGGGUUAGCGGGAGCCAUGGGAAUCAGGUUGUCUAGUGUUGGUGGUAGGCACCUGGGCAUGAGUGAAAGUGAAAGGAGUCUCAUUGCUCCUUUGGUCUUGGGUGCCGUGCAAGCGUGA